ACCACAAGCAGUGACAAUGUUUAGUCUAUUUUUGGGGUUGAGUUGCUUAAUAACCAAAAAACAGGAACAUCAACUCAUCCAUUGAUAUAAUGAUGGAUUACAACCCAUCUUCUAAGUUAAAACUUAAACUUAAUUUCAUUUAUCUCAUUUUCAUCAAAAUAAUCACCUCUGGCCAAAACUAAUAGUUAUAUAUAGUUGUGGCCAGGAAAAUAUUAAGUUAUAUAUAGACUCAUGGGAAUGUUUGUUAUUUACAUUUUGUUCCCUCGAGUAGUUUAUUUAAGACACAAAUUUUAGGUAGGAGAAAUAAAAAAAGAAAGAAGAAGGAUCGACGUUUCAAGAACGGGAUAUGGAGAAAAAGGUGGCAUUGGUGAUGGCAUUGAUGUUGCUUAUGUCUAUGUUGGUUUCCGCCGAGGAAGCACCAACUGUUGGACAGCAUAUAGACUCAGCCACAACCAGCGUUGGCAAAUUCUUCAAUGACAAUGCCCGCCCUGCCAUGGACUCCGUCGCCAACGCCGUUGAAUCCGUCACCUCCUCCGUCAAAUCCGUCUACGUCUGGUUUCAUGAUAGAGCUACGGAAUUGGGACUCUAAAGAUCUGUUAAUGAGCGAAGGAAGGGGUUCGGGAAACAUUUUCAGCCGAUACAGUUUGAUCUUCAUGUACUACUUUAUUUCAAAUUAAUAUUAG